AUGCCGAACUCUCUUGACGUCCGUCAGCGGCAGACCCGCUCCGAUGUCUCGACCCCAACUUUACGACCGCGAGAUGGACCAGCGACUCCUUUUGUCCCCAAGGACCCUGGAGCGAAUGUACGGGUGGUGGUGAGAGUUCGGGCGUUUUUGCCUCGCGAACUCGAGCGCAAUGCUAAAUGCAUUGUUGAGAUGGACCCGGCAACAGAACGGACAACCCUUCUGGUUCCUCAGGAAACAGACCUCGCUAAUUCUCGAGGUGUCCGGUCUCGUAGGGUACUGGAGGAGAAGUCGUUUACCUUUGACAAGAGCUUCUGGAGUCAUAAUACAGCAGACGAGCACUAUGCGACCCAAGAACACGUCUACGACAGCUUGGGCGAGGAGUUCCUCGACCACAAUUUUGAAGGGUACCACACCUGUAUCUUUGCCUACGGUCAGACUGGUUCGGGGAAGUCUUAUACCAUGAUGGGAACGCCCGAUCAACCCGGACUCAUCCCCAGAACUUGUGAAGACUUGUUCCAGCGCAUUGCUUCCGCCCAGGACGAGACACCAAACAUCAGCUAUAAUGUCAAAGUCAGCUAUUUCGAAGUUUACAAUGAACAUGUACGAGACCUUCUCGCCCCCGUCGUGCCUAACAAGCCGCCAUACUACCUCAAGGUCCGCGAAUCUCCUACCGAGGGGCCCUAUGUCAAAGAUUUGACCGAGGUUCCCGUACGAGGACUUGAAGAGAUCAUCAGGUGGAUGCGCAUUGGCGAUAGAAGCCGCACAGUAGCCAGCACCAAAAUGAACGACACCAGUAGUCGCAGCCAUGCUGUCUUUACCAUUAUGUUGAAGCAGAUCCACCACGAUCUGGAAGCAGAUGAGACCACAGAACGCAGCAGUCGUAUCCGCCUUGUCGAUCUGGCUGGCAGCGAGCGAGCGAAGUCCACCGAGGCCACCGGCCAACGCCUCCGUGAAGGAAGCAACAUCAACAAGUCCUUGACUACUCUGGGCCGUGUCAUCGCUGCACUGGCCGAUCCGAAGUCAAGCGCAAGCCGCCCGUCUUCUCCUGUAAAACCCGGAAGAGGAAGAACACCCGGGCCAGCCAGCAUAGUGGUCCCUUACCGUGACAGCGUCCUCACCUGGCUCCUCAAAGAUUCUCUUGGCGGAAACUCCAAGACCGCCAUGAUCGCUUGCAUCUCCCCCACCGACUACGACGAGACACUCUCGACGCUCCGAUACGCCGACCAAGCCAAGCGCAUACGCACCCGUGCCGUGGUCAACCAAGUUGACGGCCUCAGCACUGCCGAGCGCGACGCCCAGAUUGCCGCCAUGGCCGCCGAGAUCCGCCAGCUACAGUUGGUCGUGAGUGAUAGCCAGACUCGGGAGAAGAGCGCUCUCGACGCCGAACAGCAGCUUGAGGACUACCAGGCGCGCGUCCGAAACCUGCAGCAGCUGAUGGAAGAGAAGAGUCUGGUAGCCGAAGGCAAGAUCCGGUCUCUCCAAACGGAAAACGAAGCGCUGCGGUUGCAUCUCAAGUUGGCCCUGGAGAGUCUCCGGAACCCUAUCAAGGUGUCUUCGUUCCCCACCACCGCGCUGGCCAUGUCUUCGGAGGACUCGACCAUGCCGCUGAUGGCUAUGGGCGAGGUUAGUACCGCUCAUGGCAGAAAGACGGAAAAUAACGUAGUGUCAGACGACCCCUUCGUCGACAGCGGCAAUGGUGUCACUAGUGAUGAUGAUCAAGGCCUCAUUUAUGAACAUGAUGAUGAUUAUGACACUUAUGAAGAGGAGGAAGAAGAGGACAAUGACCAUGGAAUUGAUCUUAGCGAAAAGGCUCAUGACAUGGACGAGUAUAUGAGUGGCUUGCUCAAGGAUUUGGGCAUGUUUAGGCGCAAGAUCGGGGAUGAUAAGACGAGGUUCCUGGACGAGUUGGGCGUCAGGAAACCGCUGGGGGUGAGGACUAAUAUCAUAUGA